AUGGCACUCUCACCGUUCGCCUCACGCUCCCCUUCGGUGGCCAUCUCAUCUCCGAAUACCGCCCUCAGGUUGAAAGCUGCUGCUGCGCAACCCGCGGCUGGGUCUGCAAUGAGUGCAGUGCCUGCAGCCCAUGCUCAUAGUGAACUCACCGAGCAACUCAAUGAUUCAGUAGCCCGGAACUAUGAAAGAGGCAAGAAGUUAGGUGAGGGUACAUACGCCGUAGUCUACCAGGGACGCCGCCGAGACACCGCAGCCACCGUCGCCAUCAAAAAGAUCAAAGUCAAUGCCGACUACAAAGAUGGACUGGCCAUGGAUGCUAUCCGCGAAGUGAAGUACCUGCAGGAACUAUCACAUCCGAAUGUCAUCGCACUCCACGAUGUCUUUUCCAAGCACGAAAAUCUUCAUAUUGUCCUGGAGUUUCUUCCCGGGGGUGAUCUGGAGAUGCUCAUCAAGGACCAAGACAUUCACUACGGCGCGGCGGAUAUCAAGGCCUGGAUGGGCAUGCUCGCCCGAGGAGUAUGGUUCUGUCACGAGAACUUCGUGCUGCACCGAGAUAUCAAGCCCAACAACUUGUUGAUAGCGGCGGACGGCGAAGUCAAAUUGGCUGACUUUGGUCUGGCCCGGUCGUUUGCUGAUCCCUAUCUGAACAUGACCCACCAAGUGAUUACUCGCUGGUAUAGGCCCCCGGAGCUGCUGUACGGGGCCCGACAGUACUCCGGAGCGGUGGAUGUAUGGUCGAUGGGCAUGGUGUUUGCGGAAUUGGUGCUGCGCGUUCCGUUCGUGGCGGGCAACACGGACCUGGAUCAAAUAUCCAAGAUCUGCGAAGCCUUCGGCACUCCGACCGAGGAGAACUGGCCCGGGGUCACUCAGUUACCCAAUUACAUUCCGACGGACGGCAGUCACAUAAUCCCUGCGUCAGGACGGGACUUUUUCCUGCGGCAGUUCCCAACCGCUGGCCCGGUGGGUGCCGAUCUGCUUAUGUCGAUGUGCGCGUUAGAUCCUCGAAAGCGCACCACAGCUCUCCAGGUGCUUCAGCACAGCUGGUGGACCAUUGACCCUCGGCCGACCGAGAAGGAGGCUCUCCCGCAGAAACGCAAGUCCGCCGAGAAAAAGAUGGGUGACGAUUUGAGCCGGCGCGGAGGGGAGCUUCCCGACGACAGCCCGUUCAAGAACGCGGCGCGACAACUAGAUUUUGGCGCUAUGAAAUAA